UCUGCAGAUUCCGUAACAGACAUGUCGGCGUCCCGAGAAGACACUGCUGAGAGUUUUGAGACGUACACUCAAGGAGCUGAGCAAGAUGAACAGGGCACCGGGGAUCUUCCAACUUAUAACGAUGUCACCGCCCAAAGCGGUCCAAAUUCACGCUUUGGUCGCUGGAGAGGCUGGAUAGAAAAGAGAGCUGCAGAGCGUUAUGCAGACGUCACUGUCGAGGAAUUCGAUCGCAGGCGAGCUAGAGGAUGGGGUGAGGACGAAUCUUCGCAACCUGUGGAAGAUCAAGACCCCUCUACUCAAGCCAUCGAGGAGCCACAGCACUAUCGUAGCUCAACCCCGCCGCGCUUAAGAAUAAAUGCAGAUCUUCCUUCCCUAUUAUCUUCCCAGACACUUCAUGAUGGGUCCACAACUCCUGAACCAUCGAUGGAGCCUUCUCUGCACAUACCAGCGGAACACCUGACCCCAACUCAUCUCUCGAUCUAUCAUUUCGGGUCCCGAUUUUUACCGCACUCUACUGCGCCUAUCAGAUGUAUUCUUCCUCUCCAGCGUGAUCGUCUCAUUCUCAUAGGCACCGAUGCUGGGCUGUCAGUGCUUAACAUGUUCCCUUUAAAAUGGGCUGAUGAAACAAGUCCUGAUGGGGUGACCGGUCUCAUUCAGAAAGGACCUGCUGAUGCACAAGCCAGAGUAAUGUGGAUAGGAGAGGCCGUUUACCAGAUGUCGAUUUUGGAGUACGAAGAUGCCGGCGAGAGUGCGCCCCAAGGGGUCGUGCUGGCGUUAGUAGGACCUGAGCUCGACGAAUCUCUAUCCGCUAGUGCGCAGCAAGAAUCCCCGCGUUCUCUCAGAAUGUAUAAGCUCUCCAGCCUAACUAGCCUAGCAAAGUGGGCCAUCUCACAACAAGGCUCACAGCCAGUUGAUUUGCGCAGGUCGUCAGACUGGAAUCCCCAAGAGACACCUGUGAAGAAGCACAGACCAACAAAUAGCAUUACAAAGGGCCUACGGAGUCUCAUUCCUGAACCACCCCCUGGCUCACGACGGGCGAGUUUUCUUGCAACAACAAUUACAAAGCGCCAACUGCAAGUACCAAAGAAAGCUGCAUCUUGGGAUCUCAUCGACGAUUUACCACUGCGCUGGGCUACUGAUUUUACGUCCCUCUCGUCAACUGGCUCCAGAAUGUCAAAUACGAGUGUGGUGUCUUAUGCUCUCUGGCACGAAGGCAGUACGAGCUGCACCCGUCGUGCACUGCUUGCUGUGGCGACCAAGACCAACAUAUUUUUAUAUGAGACUCCAAGAGGGCAGAGGGCUUUUCACUUCGUCAAGGAAUUUUAUUUACCAUCACAGCCACGCUCUCUUACCUUUGUCCAGCAAUCCGUGCAGGACAAUUUUCGAUCACAACCUGAUGUCGGACCUCCUCGAACGACUAUCGGACAUAACCGUAUAGCGUCUGCCGAAGCCUCCCGGCCUGCGAACGUUGUAUAUGAAGCCCAAACAGCAAUCUUUGUGGUGUUCGACAAAAGGGCUGGUAUCAUACGGGUAGCUGAUUCAGCAGUCACGGAAGUGGAUAUGUUUGAAAGUGGAGGGGGUCUUUCCCCAACGGGUGGGAGUGGUUCCAAGGACACACUGACUGGAGGGUCUCUUCGAGGUCUUCGGUCUCGUGCUUCCAUCGAAUUCACGGCUUCAAAAGAUCAAAGGAGCAUUUGGCUUCUGCCUUCAAGAACCGAAAUCCCCCCUAUACAUAUGCCCCACCUCGGUUCUUCCGACAGUAGUGUUUAUGUCCUCACGCGUGGCAAGGUCACGCACGUCGUCGGUGCCCCCCUUUCCGCAUAUAUUCACGCCACGCCUCCUUUGUACACCGUAAACUGGGAUUUCCCCCCUGCAAGCGUGGCUGCGCGGACGCAUUUGCCAGCACCGAGUCAUUCACAAGAGACUUCUCCUGAACCAUCCUUGCAAUUGAUUGGGAUGGGUGAGGAGGGCGUCGAGGUGCACGAAGUGCCCCUAUCACAUCUUUCGGGGAGUUACAAAGGAAAAGGCAAGGCACUUCCUGACCCUCCCGUUGCGCAGAACCCACUUGGCGAGGCCGGAUUCCUCACGACUGGAGGACGUUGGCACCGUUACAUUGGUGCGCCUCAGUUUGAGAGAAUGAAUUCCGCCAUAUCUGCCAGCUCGAUUGAGAGCACUGGGACGGAAGAACUUUUAUCGCGUGUGAAAGCAGAGGAGGGCGUGUAUGGGUGGUGGCGGAAGGAGUGGCAGGACUGGCGAAUCUUCUGGCUGGGAGGUGACACCAGCACUGGCGGUUCCGGAGAAUAAUUGAACAAGGGCACUAACCAUCCACUGACUUUGAUGCUUCCAUGGACAUCUUAAUUCGAUCUAAUCACAACAGACUUAAUUU